AUGGGGGACUGGAACUUGUUGGGGAGCAUCUUAGAAGAGGUCCACGUUCAUUCGACCAUUGUGGGGAAAAUCUGGCUCACCAUCCUCUUUAUCUUCCGGAUGCUUGUACUUGGCGUUGCAGCAGAGGAUGUUUGGGACGAUGAGCAAAGUGAGUUUGUCUGCAACACAGAGCAGCCAGGCUGCAAGACUGUCUGCUAUGACCAGGCUUUCCCUAUCUCCCUCAUACGCUACUGGGUCCUGCAGAUCAUCUUUGUGUCCUCUCCCUCACUGGUCUACAUGGGCCAUGCUCUGUAUCGCCUGAGAACCCUUGAAAAAAAGAGGCACAGAAAGAAGGCCUGCCUGAAGGCAGAGCUGGAGGGAGCAGAUGCUGACCAGGAGGACCACAAGAGAAUCGAGCGGGAGCUCAGGAAGUUAGACGAACAGAAGAAAGUCAGGAAAGCUCCGCUCAGAGGAUCAUUGCUGCGCACGUAUGUUUUUCAUAUCCUGACCAGGUCUGUGGUGGAGGUGGGUUUUAUCGUUGGUCAGUGUGCUCUUUUUGGCAUUGGACUAUCUCCUCUAUACAAGUGUGAGAGACUGCCGUGCCCCAACAGUGUUGACUGUUUUGUGUCGAGGCCUACAGAGAAAAAUAUUUUCAUGGUGUUCAUGCUUGUCAUUGCUGGAGUGUCUUUGUUCCUCAACCUUCUGGAGAUUUUCCAUCUGGGUGUGAAGAAGAUCAAGCAAAUCCUGUAUGGAUACAAAUAUGGAGACGAUGACAGUGUCUGCAGGUCAAAGAAAAAUUCCACUGUGCAGCAGAUUUGUGUUCUCACUAACUCCUCACCACAAAGGCUGAUCCAACUAACUCAAGUUGCCAGUCCUGUUUCAUCAGAUCCCAACAAGUAUGCUCAAAGAGAUGCGCUGCCUUGUAACUUGGUUCCAACAGGUUGCCAGAAUACAGAAGGUAUGGAGCAGCAUCCUGCACAGACGUUCCGGCCGAGCCAAGGUGACAUCCAGCUUUUGAGACAACUGGGGGCUGUGGAGCGGCGGCACACUCUGGAGAACAGAAAACUGUCCUUCAGCAGCGAUGAGUCAAAUGGACCUCAUUGCUCGGGCAAGCCUCACUAUGCAGGACCGAGAGCAACACUGGUGGCCAGCCACAUUGAGAUCCCAGCUGCCCUGAGGAUCCCUCAGAGGAAGCAGAGUAAAGUCAGUGUCUGCAAGGAACUCAGCGACAUGAGUGAUUCCCCAGAGAGUGACCACUAUCCCACAGCCAGGAAGUGCAGCUUUAUGUCCCGAGGACUGUCAGAGGCCAAGCUUGCCAGUCCGUCUGACAGCGACACCUCUCAGGGUGGAACAGAUACCGAGGCCCAGCACUUCGACCAAGGGGAAAGCCCAGUGAUGACCCCACCGCCCCCUGCCUCUGGGAGGAGGAUGUCCAUGAGCAUGAUUCUGGAGUUGUCUUCAAUCAUGAAGAAGUGAACCACAAACAUCCAUGUUGGCGUGAGGCCAGAGGCACUGAGGACUUCUGUAGACAUAAACACUCACAUCAUGUUUCACCUCAUUUCCAGUUUCACUGUAACUUUCACCAUCUGAUGGUAUUCACUCAUACACUUAGAGUUCCUGUG